AUGUCAGAUAUGCCUUGUAUCCAUUCUAUCGCAUCUACUUCUGCCUCUCAUUCAACCUUCCAGCCUCGACUCCCACGUGUAUCACUUGACUCCAUUUGCUCUUCCAAUUGCUCUUCGAUUGAUUCCUUUUCGAGGCCUCGGUAUCCUCCAGGCGUCAAUCAUCUUCGUUUGGCCACCAAUAAUGCUCAUCCUUACGAGGCAAGCCGUCAAGCAUUAUUACUCUGUUCUGCUCCGACUCCACGACAUCGCGCUGGCGAAGGACAUAAACUUUCUUUCUCUCUUCCUUGUUCGCGCUCUUCCUCAGCUUCGUCCGCUACUUCGGCAUCCUCAUCCUCUGUGCAUUCUAUCGUUGGUUCAGCUGCUUCUGGCGCUUCCUAUCACAACUGUCAUGGUCGAGCUUCUUCAUGCGAAUCUUCUUCUUCCUCUUCGUCAUCAUCUUCCUCCCUUUCCGCAUCUGAGUGUAGUGAUGUGUUUCCUAUCAAACCUCUUAAGUCUCUUCCUCUGACCACCGAUUCCAAUGGCCUAAAAACUGCAGCAUCACCUCAAGAAAGUACUACUUCAACAAUCAUAUCAACUUCCAUUACUAGGAUGCCCAAUCCUCAGAGUUCAGACCACAUAAUCGGUGUGAGACACAAAUUUUCUCAAUUCUGGGCCACAGAAAUUAGUGAUCAGGAAAUUUUAACUACAAAGAACAACGAUCGUCAAUUAUGUAUUCCUGACUCCAGCGCUAAACAUUGGGGACCAAUUCCAAGCUGCCAAUCGUUGUCGGCUACUGCUGGACAUGAAAAUUUCGCUUGUAAAUUCAAUUUAUAUUGUUAUCUCUCAUGA